UACAGCACUUCUUUCAUUUAAAAGUGUUUAUGUGUGUGUUUCAACAUACAGUAGAAUAAGUGUGGACGAGCUGUGAAAUGCACAUACGCAGUAAACGUGAUUGAUCUGUGAAGUCGACAUAUGACGAAUGUGUGUGUGUGUGUGAGAGAGAGACAGUUCGAAUGUUAGAAUCAAUGCACAUACACACAGUUUUACUUUUAUUCCAUUCUCAUGUUUCAUACAUUUUAUAUGUAUUUUAAAAGUCAAGAUUCAGUCAAGAGAGAGAGAGAGGGAGAGAGAGAGAACAACUUUAAAGUUCUUCACAAUCGUCUCUUUCUCUCUGAUGUACACAUUUUUGAGACAGUAAAUUGCACAGACAUAAAACAAACAGCUGUGCAGGUCUUACACUCUUAACCCCCCCACACACCCACCCACCAACCCACCCACAUCAUGAAGAAACUUUGAAUUAGAAAAUAAUUACAGUCUUCAUGACAUUCAUAACGGUGGAAAUCCACGCGUGAUCUUACACUGACACCUUGUGGACAGAAGCGUACAUGCAGUUACCGCAACAGAAUUACAAAUCUUUUGUUGAAGCAUUUGGCCACCAGAGGACGCAGCGGAGCUUUCAUUGUUCUGAAAGACAACUGAAGAUCCGUCCAUACAUCCCUCUCUGGAAAAACAGAUACAGUUUAUUAUAUACAUAUAUGUGUAUGUACAAAGGUAUAUUGAUAUGGUACGUAUCAUGGAUAUGGUAUAUCAUUUCAGGAGCAAAUACCUUCUAACAGUACGCAUUUCUGUUAGUUCAUAUUAUUAUAUAAACAUUAUUUAAAUAUAUUAUGUAAAUUGUAUACAUUAUUUACAUAUUAAAAUGUUACCGUGCUGUUGUUUAUAUUUAUGCUUUUUGAUUGUUUUAUUUUUGUCAAGCCUGAUUUCCUGUCAAAGCCUCUAAUAAAGAAUGUCUGGCCAGGCAUCACACACACACACACACACACACACACGGGAUCUGCUCCACGGGGGAAACGCCUUCUCGCCUCGGACCCGUUCUGUUUUAAUUAGCCUCCCGGUGCCGCGGGUAAUUACGGUAACGAGACGCAAAUGAACCGUAAUGAACCGCAAAAUUCCCCCAGAAAAGCCACACGCGAGACGCGGCUCGCGAUUAAUAACCGUCACUCAGGCUUCGGCGGGGAGAAAGAGGCGCGCGAGGAGUUGACACGCAUUACCCUCCGCGCUGCGCGCGAGCCCGUAUGUCAUCCCCCUCGCGCCUCCCGCGCUUCCACAAUCAUUUCCCGCCAAUGAUCAGUAGGUGUCCGCAGCGGCGCUUCCUCACCUCACACCCCCGUCAGCCACACGCAGCGCGACACACACACGUACGCACACACACACACACACACGCACACACAAACACACACACCGGGAGGAGCCGUCUACCCUUCCGUCACCCAUACCCGCCCCUGAGGACGGUGCGUCGUUGGCGGCGUCAAUAUUAUUUAUUAUUCCCGUUAGUCUCGGUAUUUAGCGCCGCAGCUGCUCGCGGUGAUCGUUAAAACGGACGCGUCUCGUUGUUUUUUGGGCGCGCGUUGCUCUCGUACAGGGGAUUGUUGAGGCGGCAGAAGCGCGCGGGGAUGCUCUCCGUUAAAGGAUCGUGAAACGUCGCGAGUCUAAAGGUAAAGCUCGUCCAUUUUCCGUCCUCCGCCCCCCCCCCUCAUCCAUCCUCCCCCUCCUUCUCUUCUCCCGUCUCUCUCUCUCUCUCUCUCUCUCUCUCUCUCUCUCUCUCUCUAUUUCUCUGUGCUGACGCGCGGUGGUCGAGUGAAUUAAUCCGUCGCCUUUAAUUGCACCGCAGCGUCCGGCGGUCUCGCGCCCUUAAUGACCUCUGAUCCUCGCGUCGCUGCCGCAGCACGCGGAGAGUAAUUACCGUAAUUGAUGCUCGAGGCGACAGCAGCGGGGGUGUUGGGGGGGUACAGUGUUUCUCUCUCUCGCGCACACACAUUUGACCAGUAACUUUCUCUUCCAGUGUUUAUUUCAUCAGUAUUGCUCUUGUUUUUCUGAUUAAAACAGAAUAAUAAAAACACGCCUGCUGGUUGAAGAUAUCAUGCCUUAUUCUGCUGCAUUAUUGACGUCCGUACAUCCGCUAAAGAAAACGCUUUAUAACCUUAAACAGCAAUAAUCCUAUAGAUAAAAACCUAUGUCCUACUGACAGAAACGAAUUAAGGAAAAUCCAUUUGGGAUGAAAAUUGGAUAAAAAUAAAAGACCUCCACAGUGGAUGGUUGGGUGUUAGCAUAUGUUUGUUUUGCUCUGAUGGCGAACAUGAGCAGUGGUGUGUGUAUGGAGACCCACGCUCAUGGCCACACCCAUGGCCACACCCACAACUACAACCACACCCCCGGUCGAGAUUUCCCCCUGCAGAUCGACUCGUGUGUGAACCCCGUGUUGGACUACAGCGCUCAGAUGGAGCGGUACCGCUCUUUCGCCACCUUCUAUAAAAACAGCACGGCCGCUGCCCCGUUUCCCCAGAACGCCAAAAUUGCCCGCAUCGCCACGCCCCUCUUCCCCUCCGCCCGGCUGUCGGCCAUGCCGCCCUGGCCCUGCGACAACGCUAUGCUGUGGGGGCGAAAGCCUACCACGGUUAACGGACCUCACACACACCGGACUGGCAUGUCGAGGGCGGAGCCUGUGCACAUGUCUGCCAAACACAUUCCACAAGACUCCGCCCUCGCGAUGGGUGCUGACAACUUCCUCUCUCCGCUGACUGCGGAGCAGUGUCGCGGUCUGCCGGUCACCGGGGCGGAGUGCAUGAACCGGCUGAAGUGCCCGCCGUCCAUUCCGCCCGCUGGCGCUGGAGAGGCAGAUCGGGGUGGGACGUUCGGAGGGAUGCCCCCGCUGGGGGGUCUGUCGCUGCCGCCAGGGGUCAUCGUCAUGACGACGCUUCACUCCGGUGCAGGGUCAUCUGGGGUCACGAUGUCAGACAGCGCAUUCCAGAUCGCUAACGUGGCGGCGGACUGCCAGCACAGCGGCUCGUCCUGCUCCGGCUCUCCCGCCGCUCUCAAUGGGAAUGCCAGCGGCAGUUGCGGCAGUGGAAGCGGCAGCGGAGCGGCCAAGCGCAAACGCAAGCGCUGCGGCGUGUGCGCCCCCUGCAGGAGGCUCAUUAACUGCGGCGUGUGCAGCUCCUGUCGAAACAGAAAGACGGGUCAUCAAAUCUGCAAGUUCAGGAAGUGCGAGGAACUCAAGAAGAAACCGGGCAGCACGCUAGAGAGAGCACCAUCAGCAGGAGCGGCCGACACCUUCCGCUGGUUCUUCUGAAAAACUCAAAACCACAAACCACAUCACUGAAGAACUGCAGGUCAUAACCCUACAAUCCCCCGCGAUCAGGGACUCGCCCUCGCUUUCUACCCCUCCCCUCAGGACUCACUGUGGCACAGAGGUCAUUCAGCAGCGGAGAGACUCACUGACCUCAACUCACCCGAACACCAACAGACGUAGAGAAACAGAGACUCGAUUAUCAGCCGUAUCAGGACCUCGUCCGUGUCUGAAGGGAAGAGUUCGCGCAAAAAUGUCACUUCUGUCAUAAUUCACUCAUGCGACGUUCUUCUCUGGAACACAAACGGAGAAUUUGUUCAAGAAACAGUUUUUCAUAUAAUGAAAGUGAAUCGGGACUGUUUUCAACCCCCAAAAUGACAAAAAAAUCAAUGUGCAAAUGAUUCAUCCGCUUUAUUCCAAGUAUUUUAAAGCCAUAUGAGAGCUUUACAUAAAGAACAGACCACGAACGACACGAACAGCCCAUCCGUCAGGAAAUCAAUCAACUUACAUGUCAGUCUGUUCCUCGUGCAAAGCUUGAAAUAUGACUUAAAUAUUGUGUAAAAGUCUUACGGACUAUUUCUUUAUGAUUUUACAUGAACGUGAGUGAAUGAUGACAGAAAAAUGUGAUUUUUUUAUAUCAUUUGUUCGCCCUCACGUCAUGUCAAAUCUGUAUGAGUUUCUUUCUUCUUCAGAACACAAGAGAAGAUAUUUUGAAGAAUGUCGAACCCCAUCGAAACCACGGAGACAUUUCUCAAAAUAAACGAGUCACGUACAGGUUUAUAGAAGCACGUGAGGAGGAAUAAAUGAUGACAGAAUUGAUAUUUUUGGUUGAACGGUCCCUUUAAACCACCUUUCUGUUGCAUGGGUAGAAAAGUGUUUUGUUUUUAACUAAAGACUUAAAGAAAUGAACUUUGUUUAUUGCUGUUGUGACACCUCACUGUCUUGAUGAAGAAGAGACUUGUUAGGAUGACUCGUUCAUUAAAUGUGAUCCUUUUUGAUGUGUGA